CACCGAGCCUGCAAGUGUCCUGAGCUGCUCAGAGCUGGGGCGGCACAGCCCAGGGCAGACAAGCCGGCCGCGACGAUUACCAAAGGUUCUGCUGGAAAUUCGGCGCUGAGGGACUCCAGCAGGAGCCUGUUGCCAUUGUGUUUUAAAAGCAUGCAAGGUCUGUAUAGCUUGGGCAUGAGAAUCUUUCAGAAGAUGUCAGAGCAUCAGAGUAAAUGACACCUAUUGGGGAUCUGAAUUUGGGGUUAAAAACAAAAGGAAGAGAGAGUGAGAGAAAGAGACAAGAAAGACAGCAGGGGAAGAAAUUCUUAGACAACGUUUGACUUGCAGCUGUGAAAUUCAUUUUCUUUCCGAGGCAAGAUAUGAAAAGCCCGCACAUGGUUUUGAUAACAACAAAUUAAAGGAGAUUCUGCAGUAAAAGGAUCAAUAGCUUAGUCAUUUUACUUAAGGAGAGCAGACAGUCUUAUUAUGGGGCUAGGCAGUGGAGAUGAAUUUCAUCACGACAGCACCUUCUGAAGUCAUGGUGGUAGCUAAUGGCAAUCUUGUCCUGCAAAGCAGAAAUUACUCAUUGCCUUCCUACUUUUGCAGUUGAAAUCAGCAAUUCUGAGAUCUGGGAAAGAAGUUGGCUCUGGUUAUACAUGGUUCCUAGCCCCUCUGCCCAGGUCUUUGUCCGACACGUCUCAGACGGUAGCACCGCGUUAAAGUGACCACACAUGAAUAUGUGCCUAAGAAAGAAGAAAAAGCAAUAUUCAUUUCUAAAGGACAGCAUGGCAAAGCAACCUGAAGUUUUCCAUUUCCCUUCUAACACUUCUUUAACAAGGAUAACAAGAAACUGUAUUUUGACUCCUUUUUUCCUACAUUCCAGAGUCCUUCCUGCGAGGAUGCAUUAAUUUAUACUCAAGUGUUGGAUUUUACCAGGACAAUAUUUACCACCAUUUAGGAUUAACAGUUGAACUAGUUAUUUUAGUGUGUUGACUAACUAGUGGAACCUAAAUGGAUGGACCCAUACCUGCAUUGCUCUGUGAUGUCUCUUUCUUCAAAUCCUUGGAAGGGCUUUUUGUUAUAGCUAUUUUUUUGGGGGGGAGGGAGGGUAUUUUUUGGAAUUCAAUACUUGUUGCAAUAAUUGCCCACGAUAGCUGCUCAAAUAGGAGAGUUAAAAUUCAUCUGUGAAAAUCACUACAUGUAACACAGGAGACAAGGAAAAUAUUUAUGACAGAAGAUCUGCGAACAUGAUGCACGUGAAUAAUUUCCCCUUUAGAAGACAUUCCUGGAUAUGUUUUGAUGUGGAUAAUGGCACAUCUGCGGGACGGAGUCCCUUGGAUCCCAUGACCAGUCCAGGAUCUGGGCUGAUUCUUCAAGCGAAUUUCGUACACAGUCAACGCCGGGAAUCCUUCCUGUAUCGGUCUGACAGUGAUUAUGACCUGUCUCCAAAGUCUAUGUCCAGGAACUCCUCCAUCGCCAGUGAUAUACACGGAGAUGACUUGAUUGUGACUCCAUUUGCUCAGGUCUUGGCCAGCCUGCGAACUGUACGAAACAACUUUGCUGCAUUAACUAAUUUGCAAGAUCGUGCACCUAGCAAAAGAUCACCCAUGUGCAACCAACCAUCCAUCAACAAAGCCACCAUAACAGAGGAGGCCUACCAGAAACUGGCCAGCGAGACCCUGGAGGAGCUGGACUGGUGUCUGGACCAGCUAGAGACCCUGCAGACCAGACACUCUGUCAGUGAGAUGGCCUCCAACAAGUUUAAAAGGAUGCUUAAUCGGGAGCUCACUCAUCUCUCUGAAAUGAGUCGUUCUGGAAAUCAAGUAUCAGAGUAUAUAUCAAAUACAUUCUUAGAUAAGCAACAUGAGGUGGAAAUCCCUUCUCCAACUCAGAAGGAAAAGGAGAAAAAGAAAAGACCAAUGUCUCAGAUCAGUGGAGUCAAGAAACUGAUGCACAGCUCUAGUCUGACUAAUUCAAGUAUCCCAAGGUUUGGAGUGAAAACCGAACAGGAAGAUGUCCUUGCCAAGGAAUUAGAAGAUGUGAACAAAUGGGGUCUUCAUGUGUUCAGAAUAGCAGAGCUGUCUGGUAACCGGCCUUUGACUGUUAUCAUGCACACCAUUUUUCAGGAACGGGAUCUAUUAAAAACGUUUAAAAUUCCAGUGGACACUUUAAUUACAUAUCUUAUGACUCUUGAAGACCAUUACCAUGCUGACGUGGCCUACCACAAUAAUAUCCAUGCUGCAGAUGUUGUCCAGUCCACUCAUGUGCUAUUAUCCACACCUGCUUUGGAGGCUGUGUUUACAGAUUUGGAAAUUCUUGCAGCUAUUUUUGCCAGUGCAAUACAUGAUGUUGAUCAUCCUGGUGUGUCAAAUCAAUUUCUGAUCAAUACAAACUCUGAACUUGCCUUGAUGUACAACGAUUCCUCUGUCUUAGAGAACCAUCACUUGGCUGUGGGCUUUAAGUUGCUUCAGGAAGAAAACUGUGACAUUUUCCAGAAUUUGACCAAAAAGCAAAGACAGUCGUUAAGAAAAAUGGUUAUUGACAUCGUACUUGCAACAGACAUGUCAAAACACAUGAAUCUACUGGCCGAUUUGAAAACUAUGGUUGAAACUAAGAAAGUGACAAGUUCUGGCGUUCUCCUUCUUGAUAAUUAUUCUGAUAGGAUUCAGGUCCUUCAGAAUAUGGUGCAUUGUGCCGAUCUGAGCAACCCCACAAAGCCUCUGCAGCUGUAUCGCCAGUGGACAGACCGGAUAAUGGAGGAAUUCUUCCGCCAAGGAGACCGAGAGAGGGAACGUGGCAUGGAGAUCAGUCCCAUGUGUGACAAGCACAAUGCAUCUGUGGAAAAAUCACAGGUGGGCUUCAUAGACUAUAUUGUUCAUCCUCUCUGGGAGACAUGGGCAGACCUCGUCCAUCCUGAUGCCCAGGACAUUUUGGACACUUUGGAGGACAAUCGUGAAUGGUACCAGAGCACAAUCCCUCAGAGUCCCUCUCCUGCACCUGAUGACCAGGAAGAGGGCCGGCAGGGUCAACCCGAGAAAUUCCAGUUUGAACUAACUUUAGAGGAAGAUGGUGAGUCAGAUACCGAAAAGGACAGUGGAAGUCAAGUGGAAGAGGACACUAGCUGCAGCGACUCCAAGACGCUCUGUACUCAAGACUCAGAGUCUACUGAAAUUCCCCUCGAUGAACAGGUUGAAGAGGAGACAGUAGGGGAAGAAGAGGAAAGCCAGCCUGAAGCUUGUGUAGUAGAGGAUCAUUCUCCUGACACGUAACAGUGCAGACUCUCAAGCCUUUCUUUUUUUCCUCUCUCUCUCUCUCUCUUUUUUUUUUUUUUUUAAGUAGAAAAAUUGUUUCCAAAGUGCAUGUCACAUGCCACAACCAUGGUCACACCUCACUGUCAUCUGCCAGGACGUUUGUUGAACAAAACUGACCUUGACUACUCAGUCUGGCGCUCAGGAAUAUCGUAACCAGUUUUUUCACCUCCAUGUCAUCACAGCAAGGUGGACAUCUUCACGAACAGCAUCUUAACACGAUUUCAGCUUGGUGUUGCUGACGGAGCAGAUGAAGUCAACUCCAAAUGUUUUCAAGAGAGCAUGGCUCUUCAAGCAGCCCACAAGCUGACUGGCUUAGGGUUUCUUUUCUUUUUAUCUGUUUGUACUAUUUUCAGAAGGAAGGAGGCAUUAUACAAACAGAGUGAACUUAAUGGAUGAAGCAACAGAUAUGGCAAGAAUAGGACAUAGCAUCAAUCUGUUACCAGGAGGAGGAGCCACAGAAAUUGCAUAAUUUUCUAAUUUCAAGUCUUCCUGAUAUAUGACUGAAUAGUGUGGUUCAGUGAGCUGCACUGACCUCUACAUUUUGUAUGAUAUGUAAAACAGAUUUUUUGUAGAGCUUACUUUUAUUAUUAAAUGUAUUGAGGUAUUAUAUUUAAAAAACUAUGUUCAGAACUUCAUCUGCCACUGGUUAUUUUUUUUCUAAAGAGUAACUUGCAAGUUUUCAGUACAAAUCUGUGCUACACUGGAUAAAUCUAAUUUACAAAUUUUACUUGCACCUUAUAGUUCACAGCAAUUUACUGAUUUGUAGUGAUUCAUUGUUUUAUAUACCAAUGACUUCCAUAUUUUAAAACAGAAAAACAACUUUAUGUUGCAGGAAACCCUUUUUGUAAGUCUUCGUUUACUUUGCUUUUCAUUUGACUCUUUCCAGAUAAGCAGAGUUGCUCUUUACUGAUGUUUUUCUUCACAGUGUGCAAAGUGAAUAUUUGUUCUGUAAUACUUCGAUGUGUGUCAUGUCAAAAAUGUGUCUUAAGCUUCAUGGAAACUCAAUCAUCAGUUGGUGUUGUCUGAAGCAAGUGGGAGAUAUAUAAAUACCUAGUAGCUAAAAUGGUCAGUCUUUUUAAGAUAUUUUCCUACUUAGUGUCUUCUGAUAACUUUUCGCUGUGUCAAUAGACAUGCAUUUCAUGAGUGCAUGUCUUUGUAAUAACCCACACACAUUUCAUGCUCAUUUUUAUUGUUUUUAUAGCCAGUUAUAGUAAGAAAAAUCUUUUCCCCCUUGUGCUGCUUUAUUAUAUAACGUGUGUUUGAACCUCUGUCCAUGUUUGCUAGAUGGGGUCUUAUCAAAUAUAUUACCACCAUUCUGAUUGAUGAUAAGAAACAGGUGGUCAGGUUAGGGUUUGCACUCAUUUCUGUCAUGAUUAUGUUUACUCUUGGUUUACAGGAAAAAAGUUAAUGGCUAGCAGGGAAGGUUUUAAGAAUAUUAAUAGAAUAUGUCCACAAAUAUCAGUACCACUUCUUAAUUCUCUUUAGUUUCUAUAAUUUCACUGUGGGAUUAAGAACCAUGUAAGGAAUUAUCCCUGAGAAGUGGUUUUUAGUGUAGCAGUUACACUUUCUUAAUGGAAAACCUUGUAACAUGCAGAUAUUGCAUUAACAAGUAUUAUCGAUCCUUAGUGCUGACUUGUGGAGGGGAACACACUGAGAGAAAGAGGUUGAUGAUGCCACUGGCACCACAGUUUGGUGAUGGCGAUGUGUCCUCAAAUACUAGAUUGGUAGUAAGAUUCUACCUAAAUAAAACAUUAGAGUGAACUCGUAGCUGAUGUCAACAAGAACUAUAUUUCGGUUUUAAGAUUCAUUCCCAGUACUCACCCGUGGUAGCAGCUGGCACCAUGGGGCACUCACUUAGUUUGGGCUUUCUUCCCAUGGCAGUUCCUAAUGAAGUAUUUACCUUCUCCUCAACAAGUGUGGAACCAAAAUAAUCAUGUUUUCACAUUGGUAUUCAGGAAUUGAGAUAGAGACUAGAGGGGUUAUCUCACCAAGUGAAAAAUAACAGUUUGGGAAAAUGACAACCCUGAAAAACAUUUAUAUUUGGAACUUGCCAAGGCCACUUUUAAGGACUAGUAACUCAGUCAUCAGCCAGGGAAGUGUUCUAAGCUGAAGAUAGUCCCUAUUUGAAUCCUCUGAGAUCAAAUCGGUUCUUAGAACUUUUGAUACAAAAAUGAUGUCUUCAUGGCUCUGAGGCUCUAUCUUUAACGUAAGGCAGAAUAGGAAUCAACUAAUUAAUUAUCAACUUCUUUCCCCUAUAAAGAUGAAAUAGUGUCUUUCAAAUAGAACCUAUGUUUGACCAAGUGGUUUCAUAAGAACACUUAGAAACUUGUUUCUCUUUUAAUAUAUUUUUCCUUUUUUUUUUUUUUUUUCCCCCUCG